AUGGAACUUGAGAUGGUUGUGAACUUGGUUGUGGCUGUUGGAAAGUUUGGGGCUGAAAACACGGAGGAGGUUGUUGUUGAAAGGGUUGAAAUUGGGUUUGAACAAAUUGUGGUUGUGGUUGGUUUUGGUAGUAGUGUGGGUGGUAUGAAAGAUUGUUUGAAUCAAGAAUCAAGAAUGUCUUUGCAUAAGUUUUAUAAAAAGAAAGAAGAUAGCGAACAACAACAUAAGUAUACGAAGGUGGAUUUAAACUCACUACCCGUUGAUCCGUUUGAACGACCGAGUAUAGAAUUUUAUCAUGUAAACCAAAGAGAUGAAAUUAGAAGAGUAUACUUACAAAAAUGGCCUUUCCAACCUCUAAAUCAUAAAUUCCCACCACAUGAUUUUGGAGGUAAACCUCGAAGAUUUAUUCAAUCUUGGUUUGAUGAUAAUAAAUACUGGUUAGAAUAUAGUAUAAAAGAGGAUGCUGCAUUUUGUUUAUGUUGUUAUCUAUUCAAAUCAAGUAUACCCAAUCAAGGUGGAUCAGAUCAUUUUGUGAAAUCUGGAUUCAAGGCUUGGAAUAGGAAAUCAGGAAUAGAUAACCACAAAGAAGGAACUCCAUACUAUUGUUGUCCAAAUGUGUCAAAGUUUGAUGAAACAAAGACAAUCCAUCGCUGGUUAGCCGAUCGAUGUGAUGUUGUAGAUCGCGUUGUGUUAAAGAAUGCCCCAAAAAAUGCACAAAUGAAAUGUGGUGAAAUUCAGAAAGAUAUUGUGCAAGCAUUUUCAGAUGUAAUUUUAAAUGUUAUUAUAGGAGAGCUUGGAAAUGAUUUUUUUGCAGUUUUAGUAGACGAGUCACGUGAUGUGUCAUGUAAAGAACAAAUGGCAUUGGUUUUGCGGUUUGUAAAUAGAAAAGUUUCUCGGUUGUUAAAUAUUAUUGGAUCUUCUUACAAAAGACGAGAUAAGUUAAGAAAAAAACAAGCAGAUAAAGUUAUGGCAGCAUUGGCAGAAGGUGAGCUUCAGAGUGGUACCGGUUUGAAUCAAGAAGUCGACCUUGGUGAAUUUGAUAGUGAUCGUGAUCAUAGAGCUGAAACAAUUCGCAUCUUAAAGUGGUUAAAAUCAUUUGAUUUUGUGUUUUGUCUACAUUUUAUGGUUGAUAUCUUGGGAGUGACGGAUCAUUUGAAUACAAUACUACAAAGAAAAGACCAAGAUAUCGUAAAUGCUAUGAAUCAAGUAAGUAGCUCAAAAAAAGCAAUUCAAGAAAUUAGAGAUGUAGGAUGGGGCCCACUUUUAGAGAAAGUGACUUUGUUUUGUGCUAAAAACGAAGUUAAAGUCGUGGAUUUAGAAUAUGACUAUUUUAAUGGAUACAGUCGUCGCAGAGGUUCACAGGUUAACAACUUGCACCAUUAUCAAGUUGAUGUAUUUAAGGAGGUGAUUGAUAUGCAACUUCAAGAGCUGAACAAUCACUUUAAUGAAGUAAACUCAAAUUUACUUCUUUGUAUUGCUUGUUUGUGCCCAAGUGAAUCUUUCAAAACCUUUGAUUUAGAAAAGAUAAUGAAAAUGGCUACACUUUAUCCGGAAGAGUAUCCAACAAAAUAUUAUCUUCGAGUUCUUGAAGUGGAACUUGGAAAUUACAUUAAAGAUGUGCAAGAAGAUGAGCGAUUUGCUGAUUUGAAGAGCAUUGGAGACCUUGCCAAAAAGAUGGUCGAAGAAAAGAAGCAUAUAAUAUUUCCUAAGAUUUACCUUCUUGUGAAAUUUGCAUGGAUCUUACCCGUAGCAACAGCAAGUGUGGAACACGCAUUUUCAGCAAUGAAGUUGAUAAAGACCGAUAUACGUAACAAAAUGAGUGAUCAAUUUUUGAGUGAUAGUUUAGUGUCGUAUAUUGAAAAAAAUGUUUUAAAAGAUAUCGAUAAUGACGCAAUUGUGAAUAUGUUUCAAGAUAUAAGACCUCGUAGGGUUCAAUUGUAA